AUGACUGUUUGUUCUUCUGCUGCUGCAGACACUGCCAGUGUGGCCAGGGCCUGGAGCUUCGUCUUUGACAGUCUGAUUGGGAAUCACAUCUCUCAAGUGCUGCGGGAAAAUUUCCCUCUGCAUUUGCCCUACUUUCUGCCCACAUACCUAGACUUUGUUGCCCUGAGCCUGGUGCUGCUGCUUACGGGAGUGCUGGCUCUGGGAGCUCGUGAAUCAGCCCUGGUUGACAAAGUCUCCACAGGCAUCAACCUCUUGGUGCUCAGCUUCAUCAUCCUCUCUGGCUUCAUUAAGGGAGACCUGCACAACUGGCAGCUCACAGAACAGGACUACAAACUGGCCGCAUCUGGAUCCAGUGACACCUCUAGGCUGGGCCUUCUGGGUUCUGGAGGGUUUGUGCCCUUUGGCUUUGAUGGGAUUCUCGGAGGAGCAGCUAUUUGCUACUAUGCAUUUUUUGGCUUUGACGUCAUUGCCACAAAAGGGGAAGAAGCCAGAAAUCCUCAGCGUUCCAUCCCCUUGGGCAUCGUGAUCACAAUCUCCAUCUGCUUUUUGGCAUAUUCCAGUGUUUUGGCGGCGCUCACCCUCAUGGUGCCCUAUUACCAGAUUCAGCCUGACAACCCCUUCCCCCAGGCUUUUCUCCACGUUGGUUGGGCUCCCGCUAGAUAUGUCAUGGCUUUUCUCAUCCUCUGUGCUCUGACAUCCAGAUACCAGAGUGUCAUGUUCCCCACAUCCCAGCAGAUUUGUGAAAUGGCACGUGAUGGGCUCCUCUUUCGGGUAUUGAUCCAGGUCCAUGCCUUUACAGGCACUCCCCUCCUGGCCAUCAUGACUGCAGGAAUACUCGCAGGGGUCAUGGCAUUGAUCUUCACGAUCCUUGAUCUUGUGGACCUAUUAUCAAUCGGGAUCCUGCUCGCUUUCUCCCUGGUGUCUUUUUCUGUCCUUGUCCUCAGAUACCAGCCAGACCAGAAUUUAAUCAAGAAUGAGAAAACUGAGGAUGGACUUGAGAUGUGUGCACAGGAUGAAAUUUCUCCGACAUCUGAACCUGAAGCAGGAACCUCAAACCCUCUAAAGAGUCUGUGUAACCCUAUCAGUACAACCCCCACUCAGAAAUCUGGCCAGAUUGUCUAUGGAUGUGCCUUCCUGCUGGUUCUCCUGCUGACCAUCCUGAGCCUGCUUCUGGCCCUGUGGCCCAGCCGCGUGUUCUCUGGAGACCCCGGGUUCACAGCAGGGGCUGUGCUGCUGCUGCUGCUCAUUGCGGGGAUCACUGUCAUCAUUUGGAGGCAGCCCCAGAACCCCUCUCCUCUUCCCUUCAGGGUCCCUGCUCUGCCCGUGCUCCCAGUGCUGAGCAUCUUUGUGAAUGUCUACCUGAUGAUGCAGCUGUCCUCUGUGACCUGGGCCCAGUUUGGCAUCUGGAAUGCCAUGGGAUUUGCCAUAUACUUUGGAUAUGGGAUCCGACACAGCCUGGAGGAGAAGAGUGAUCCAAAGCCAUCAACCUCCACCUCCCAGACUCUUCAUGAACACACCCCUAGUUCUGAAUCCUCUUAACCACAAGAAGUAGAU